AUGACGAUGAUGACUGGCCGUGUGCUGCUGGUGUGUGCCCUCUGCGUGCUGUGGUGCGGUGUCUGCGGUGGUGGACGAGCUGAAACAUCUCAAGAUUCUCCGGCUACUCCGCCCGAAGAGAACACUCAAAAAGAAGAAAAUACCGUCGGUGUCACUGGAGGAGGUGUCCAAAACGGUAAACCGGAAGUGCCACAAGCAGCAGGAGUAUCGGUGCAAGGCGCAAACGAAGCGGCAGCGAGGCCGUCACAGGCACAACAAUCCGGAGGAGGAGCAUCAGUAACGUCAAGUACAACGAAGGACAACAAGGGUCGAAAUACAGAAGAAGGUAAAAAGGAGGAAAAAGAAGUGGAAGAGGAAGAGGAUGAUAGAAGGGAGGACGGAAAGGAUGAUAAGAAAGAAAAGGAGGAGACAAAGGAAGAAGAAGCUGUUACCGGCACCACAGAGGAGAUCUCAGCAGGCGGUCAAGAGCAGCCAAGCUUAUCUUCUGGUGCGGCGGGAGCAUCGAAUAUAACAAAUCCCAACAGCACACCAACAACUGGAGACGAUGACCCAGCAGCUGAUGUUGCAGGGACAGCAGAGGGAAAACAAAAUGAAAAUAAAGAUGCCAAUCCGAAGGAAACACCAGUCGAAGCCACGAAAACUACGACGGCGACGACUGGCGACAGUGACGGCAGCACCGCGGUCUCCCACACCUCCCCUCUUUUGCUUCUUCUUGUUGUUUUUGCGUGUGCGGCUGCUGCUGCGGUGGUGGCCGCGUGA